AUGGAAAUAGAUGACCCGGAGUACCCUAAUAUUGAUAUAGAUUCUAUUACUGGUCAAGAAAAUAACGAUGCAUCGAAAACAUAUAUCAAACAAACGCUUUUGCAUUCUCCAAUCAUUACCAAUAUUAUUCCAGAUUUUCACGUACAUAUCAGUAAGCGGUUUCGGGGACUUCCCAGCGUAACAGUUAAUGAUGAAGGAGAACAAUAUUUAUGCCCACAAGAAGAGGACUCGCAAUUUGAUGUUUUUAGCGAUGAUGAUGAUUUGCUCUUCAACAUUGGUGAAGCACCACCUACAGGCACAGCGAAAAGCAGUAGCGUAGGACCAAACAUUAAUAUUAAGUUAAAAUCCAUACGUGUUAUAGUAAAGACAACGUCGAUGCUCAUUAAUGAUGUGGAGUUCUCUUUCAGCGCACCGAUCAGAUCGUCAUGUAUUCUUAGAGGAGUCAUGGAUGGAAAGAACCAAGAGGAAGACUCCUUGAUGAUAUCUUUGAAAUCAGGAUUUUUAUUCUUGAUACGAAUUUAUUAUGUUCCCAGGCACUAUAAAGAUACGGAUUAUGAUAUACAGGGCCAAAUUCAAUCCAACGAAUCAUGCAUUUAUAAGCCAUUUAUUGUUCAAUGGUGGGACACAUCGAGCGAUUUGUCGGUACCUGCGCUUGAAUCUUCAGGCUAUUCAUUAAAUUCGCAUGCUAGUGGAUUAUCAGCUGUAUCCACGUCAGCUAGUAGCGUCUUUCGAAUAUAUAACUGUCAGCAUACCGAUUCAGGAAUAAUGUUUAUGCCACAUUUUAAUGUUCCUGUAGAUGGAAUCAUAUUACAUUCUUGCUUCGCAGAACCUUUAAACAACAGUGUCAUCAAUAAUCAUAUUAUGUUUCUUAUUAUGUCAUUUACUGAGUCUCGAAGACUAGAAUUAAAUUUGUAUGGUUGGACUUUAGGGGCAACAAUCAAUAAUAAUUUAACUAAGACGGCUCUACCAUUGGAAAACUCAUUUGUGAUUCCAAUAUUUAUUAUAUCCUUGAAGAAUAAUGAUAGUUUUUUAUUUGUAAAUGAAAAAGAGCUAGUUAUCAUCAGUGUUCACGAUAUAAUGUCAGCUAAUUAUGGAUUUUAUCGUAUUCCGUUUACUGGAUCAUUUCCUACAAGCUACUAUCGACCACUUACAAGAAUACUUUCUCAAACAGAUACGAAAACGGAUGAAAUUAUGAUUUCUACUGAUAAUGGUGUUAUAUACUCCGUAAUAGUAUUCGAAAACAAUAUCCAAUUACGACCAGUAAUGCGUAUAUCAGAUCCCAUAUCAGUCUUUUCUUUAGAAAAAUCUGAUGAUGUGUUUAGCUUAAUAUUCGGCUGUGAUACAGGUUCGAGUAGAGAAUUAUAUGUUACAGAAUUGUUUUCUGAGGAAUACUUGCAAGAGAUUGGCACUCAAAAGCCCUGUUACAGCAAUGUACAGUUAAUAACUGAUUUCAAAAAUUGGACCCCAGUAUUGGAUGUUCUGAUCAUUGACUCAUAUAAAUCUAGAACUAUAAACAGUAGAUCUGAUCAAGAAUUGUGGGCGUUAACGGGAAUAGGUAGAAGGACUAGACUUACACAGCUCAGAAAUGGAUAUAAUGCAACAAGAAGAAGUAGAACUUAUGAACAGUUGCGCAAAUCUGAUAAAUUGUAUUUGAUUACUUUAGGAAGCAGGUUUUACUUAUUUUGUUCCUUGCCAUUUGCAACAAAAGUAUUAGAAUAUCAACCGCUGAAGGAUGAAUAUCUUGUUGAGAUAGAGGAUGCUGCGAUAGAUAACUCUAAUUCUUCUUUAUUCAUUGGGAACAUAUCACAGAGCCAAGAUAUUUUAAUCCAAAUCACUCGAUAUUCUAUUACUAUCACUAACUUGUUCGAUUUGAACAUAACGUCAAAGUUUGAAAACGAAAGAAUUUUAUUCUGUGAUAUGCAUAAUGGAUUUUUAGCAAUGAUAGUGGCGAGCAAGGAUAAGGAAAAAAGCACUUCCUUAAGAUUGUUCAAAGUGAACAAUGACGUAAACUUCCAUAAAAGCUUGGAAGACAGUGGUGCACUUGAUUUAGUUGGCUCAUUAGACAUUGCUUAUGAGCCUUCGAUGAUUAGAUUAAUCGGUCUAGAUAUGUCACUUUACCUCAUCACAGGAAGUUACGAUGGUUCUCUAUAUAUUUAUCAAUAUUUGGGAGAGCAAAUUUUAGAAUAUAAAGAAUAUGUGCUAGAUGAGUUUAAUCCUUACAGAAAUAACGACCUUCGAGAAAAUUUUAUAAUUCCCCAUGAUUCCGUUCAAACUUUGAGUCCAAGGACGAACUUAUAUGUUGGUUCCAAGGAUGGUUAUUAUAUCCAUUUUCAUAUCGAUACAAAUUUCGUCUUGAGAUGCAAACAUUUCCUCAAAAUCGGCGAUACACCUGUUAAAUUUCAAAAUGUUCAUAAUGAGGGCAAAAUGGUAUUUAUUCAUUCGAGAAGUCUUUGGCUAUUAAAUUUAUAUGAUUCAGAAUUUCCAACCCAAGUUUAUUUUGAAGAAAGACAUGAUAGAGCAAUUUCUGCAAUGAUACAAUUACCAAAUUUCGGACUUGGAAAUAGUACAAUAAGUAAUGUGGCUAAGCAUUUUGGAUUUGUUAGAGAAGAAGGAUUUACAAUUAGUUCUGUUCAUCCGUUCAAGUCGCCAAAUGUGAAACAAAUAAACAUUGCAGAGUCAGCCAAAAAGCUAACAUAUCUACCGCAUCUUUCAACAUUUGUAAUAUUAUGCAAUUCUAAAGAUCCAAGAUUACGAUUAAAGUUCAUCGAUCGAAAAGCAUUGAAGAUCCUACAACACCAUGAACUAAAUUCGAGACUAAAAAAUUUAGAUUUUGAUGAAUGUAUAUUUGGUCCAGAUGAAAUGCCUAUGGCUGCUUGUAUUUGGUCUGUCAAAAGACAGAAUAGAGUAUCAAAAAAGUUAUUAAUAGGGAAUGCUAAUAAUGACGACACAGGAUCUUUUAAAGUUUUGGACAUAACAAAAGCUCAGGAUUCAAGGGAAAGUCCAGUAUAUAUACGUGUUACCGAACUCACUUCCUUCGAACAUAAAGAGCCCAUUACCCAUAUUCAACAAAUAGAAUCAUCAAUAUUGUUCUCUGGAGGUAGAACUAUUUAUUCUACUACAUAUAAUAUCGAUGAAAGGCGGUUAAAGCCAGUUUCUGCACUUGUAACCCUUACAAGUGACAUAAUUUCGCUAUCUGUUGAAGGCAAUAAACUUCUAGUCACGACGAAAUUGGAUUCGAUCUUUCACUUUAUUUAUAGCAAAAAUGAUGACGGGGAUUCAGAUAUGUUGAAACUUAUAUACAAGGAUCCAUCACCAAAAAGCAUCGUGAACCAAACCGAAUUAAACGAAAACAUUAUUGCAGGGGAUAAAUUACACUCGUCAAUUUUGAUUAUGAAUACAAGCGAUAGCAAUUUAAGGGAUAUGUUUUCUUAUAAGAUGUCUAGUAUUCCUAGGGUUUAUGCUUCUAAGUUUAAUUCUUAUUGGGCUAACCAUGAAACCUCUAAAGAGCUAAAAUCGAAAAGCAAUAAUUCGAAUAUUCUAUGCGUAGGUAUUAAUGGAGAGAUAACAUCAAUCCGAUCACCUUCAAGCAUAAAUGACGAAUUAGGAAAUCUUGCAAAGUCAUUAAAUACGGGAAAACUGAUAGAUGGACUGAUUGAAUCGUUCGUUGAGGUUUUGAAUAGGCCAUUCAUCGACAAGGUGACAGGAAAGGGCUUGAGCUCUAUUAACAAGCCAUAUUUUAACUAUAAAGACAAUAAGGGCAAACUAAUAGAUUAUGAUUUAGACGAAAUAUCGAAACUAUGUGAUAUCAAUGUAUCUAUUUAG